AUGAGUCUCAUCGAGAAGUUACGAACAAAGAUCGAACUCUACCGACUAGAGCAGCGGUAUGCACGUCGCAAGCACCGCAGCACGUUUUCGGGGGUCCAAUACGUCGACGGUGAAUACGUCUAUUCCAAUGAGUCAAAUUCGUCGUCAGGGACCGUCUCCAAGCACUCCACAGGCAGCUACUGGAAAUCUUCCACCUGGGGCUCAUCUGGAGACUCGCGGUGGCGGUGA